AUGGACAUGAACUGCAGGAAUCAACUGCCAAUUGCAAUUUGCCCGGCUGUGCAAUGCACUUUUAAAUUCCCCGAGCGCUCUGUCAAAAAACUCCAAAUUGUUGUUUCCCAAAAAGUCGAUCCUCAAAAAGAUGCCGGCAAUUUGACCACUUUGGAAACGCCAGUCCCCACUUCACUGCCGGAUCUCGGCGAGAUGUCGCUCCAAUCACUUGGGAUUGCAGUUGCUGGAAGGGAAGCCAGCAGGGCAAGCGAGCCGGAAAUCGAUGCCCACGACUGGCAGCUGCUGCUCCACUCGAUCCGGCCGAGUAUACGCAAAAAGUCCGAUCUGUUGAUAGCAGUCACCCACUUUCUGGUCACCAAGGAGUACCGCCUGCGAUGCGCCAGCAGUUGCCGCGUUUCCGGCGGAAGGCAGCUGGCUGGUGGCUGUGGCACUACUACCAUGUGCGAACUACUGCCCGAUCACUGGAAUCGGGCUGCCGAUAGAUACACACUGAACUACGCGGAUGGGCUGGGUGCUCAGUAUAUCCUCAUGGCCAAGCUGACUCGCCGGGAUCUCGUGAUCAGUCUGCAGAAUUCGACCAGCAAGCGCAUGGCCAUCGCCUGUGUGCAGCCGGAGCAUCUGGUGAGAUCCACAUGCAAGUCAUCGAUGGACAAGUGCAUUCCCAGGCUGGACAAGUUCAUGAGGAGACUGCGUGCUGAGCUGCUGGAUCCGGCGGUCAGGGGCACCAAAAGAUUGGUCGCGGGGCCGUCCUUCAAUAGGAAGAUUUGGAAGAAGGAGCUUCCCCUCCGGCAUUCUGGCACUUCUAGAGUGACCUUCGACCUCGUCCAGAACACACAACCGCUGGAAGGUGAGGAGUCCACUUAGGAAUGCAAAACACACCAUUCAGUGCAAAUAAAUAUAAAAU